CUUGCCUGAAGCAACUACGUCGGCAGUGAUUCUGAUAUCUCGACUUCUUCAACUCGAAUCUUGAAGCCGUGGGGGAAUACUCUCCCAGGAGUCGCUUUUUGAAACAUAAUGGCAGACGACGACAGGGAUAUUCUCGCCGAGCUUGAGCGAGAAGAGAAAGACUUCAACAAAGACGCGGAAAUAGAUAGAAUUCUUAAAUCAUUUCGACUAGAUGCCUACGCCGUUCUGGAUCUCCAACCGGGCGUUCCCGAUUCCGACAUCAAGGCAACUUACAAGAAGAAAUCACUUCUCAUCCAUCCCGACAAAACAACCAACCCAUCCGCACCCGACGCCUUCGACCGGCUAAAGAAGGCGCAGACCGAGCUCCUGGAUGAAAAGACGCGAGAACGCUUGGAUGAAGCCAUUGCCGAUGCACGCAUGCUACUGAUUCGCGAACGCAAAUGGACCGUUGACAGUCCGGAACUGAAGACGCCCGAAUUUGCCAAGGACUGGCGGGAAAAGACCAAGGCGGUACUGAUGGACAACGAGCUCCGACGACGGAGACAGAUCAAGGCACAGAUGCAAGAAGAAGGACGUCAGCAGAAGAAGGAAGACGAGGAUAUUGAGAUGCGCAAACGGAAGCGAUCACAUGAGCAGGCGUGGGAGGAUAGCAGAGAGCAGCGGAUCGGUAGCUGGAGAGAUUUCCAGAAGGCGUCGGAGAAGAAGAAAAAGAAGAAACAGAAGCCGCUGGGAUAGUAUACCCGGAUCAGCGACAUGUGCGCUGUAGGACUGCUAUUCCGUGCGCAUACGUGAAUUCGUGGGAAAGUUCAUGAAGAAGGGCGAAAGAUGGCGUUACAGGCAUAAAAACCCCUAGGCCGAUCUAGGACAUAACUUACUGCUUUUUGCUGCUCAUUCAUUAGGCAUUUUGGCUGCGCGUAUAUCCACAACCGUUGGCUGUUUGCAAAGACAACGCUUCCGUGGAAGUAUAUUGAUAUUUCCAUUGGCAUAUUGCUUUAUUAACAAAGCUUAGAUUAUUUCCACUUUGCUUCUCUGACUGGAAGAUAUUCAGAUUUCCUGAGUGAUGAUGUGCGUGCCUGGGUGUAUAAUUAUAUUAAAUAAUUCCUAGAUCAACACUGUAAUAGUUACUUUUGAUUAUAUUUGUAUGUGUAAUCUUGUCAUUUGCCGUCGAUUAAUGAGGCAAUGAUAGAAAGAGAAAAGAGGGAAAGU